CCUCACACACACACCUACGCAUCCUUGGAACUCGCCGCUUUUGCUAUCGUGAAUAGAUCCACCCCUGCGGUCGUCGAGCAACAUAAACUUCGAGAAUCCCCAUUUCCACGGGCUCUGUUCUGAACCAGACGUUCACUUCAUGCAUGUUCAAAAAUAUCACAACUUUCUUCUUACAUCAGUGAACCAUACAAGAACUCCAUCGUUGCGCGACUGGAUCGUUUCAGCAAUACAGGCAUAUUUUUCCAAUUCGGACGGAGCUCUUCACACACAUCAACAUGACCAACAUGUACCCACAACCGUCAGCGUCUGCUACUCGGCCUGCAUACCUCGACAACCUCUUCCGAGAUGCGCCAGCACCCCAUACUCCCAGCCUUCACUCUUCCACGAGCAGCAUCUCAUGUAGCAGCACUGCCUCCAGCUACGACCUGCGAUCGGCCUUCCUCAAUGCUCGUCCAUUGACGCCGGCCCAAGAAACCAUGGACGACCACUUCAGCCUGCGCAGCAAGAAAUCCUUCAUCAACCCACGCAGGUUCCGCUUCGGCCGCAUCUUCUCGACUCGACGGACAGAGAUCACCGAGGACGUAACCGAGCCGGUGCUGCCCCCAACCAAUCCUUCGGCGCUCGCCCAAUCAAGCUGCGCCUCACCUCGGCGACCGUCAUUGCCCCUGUUACAGACCAGCUUCCCACCUCCACGCGGCGCAAGCACAUAUGCAAAGAAGCCAUUACCUGCCGUCCCACAAACACGUGCGCAGGAACUGACGUGUCGGCGUUGCUAUUACUCCAAUGCUCGCAACUGUCACGGGUGGGUCAUGGGUGGGACCAGCGGUGCUGCUUGUGAGACUUGUCUGCAAGCCGGAUUCUUCGGCGAGAAAUGAACGACCUGAGACAUCUGGCGUUCGGAAGACUCUUCGCGAAUUUCCUUUAUCUUCAUCAUCUCCUUCAGUCAAUUGAUACCAACACGGCGUAUUGGGGACAGUCUCACGGGCGAGAUUUGUCAUGCAUUUGAGAUUUCUACUGUAUCAACGAAACGGCGUCGCGGUGGCUGCAUUUUGUCGGAAGCGGCGUCAUCUGGAUUUUUGGGGGAGGGAUUGGAGCUGCUGCUGUUUUCUGCCGUUUCGGCAAUUCUUACGCUUUGGACGAGUACACAGAUUUCCUUUUUGUCAUCGCACAGGAUGUGCAGGAACAUCGGGGCACCUAUUGGGAGGAAUUUUUUCGGUGAUGGGCCCGCGAUUGGACUGGCUUCUGACCCUCGGGUCAAAGCUGAACAGCAAAAAAGUUAAGGUGGUGGUGGUGGUGGGCGUGGCGCAAUUGAUUACGUUGGGUGCGUCAGCAAAAAGGACUUGGGAAAUGAAUAGUGAUACCAACUGCAGUA